AUGCCAGCCUCGUCGUGUCAUCCCCCAGGCCGGAGCGCCGCCGCCGCCGCCGCUCCAAUCUCUGUGCCGUCCAUGGAGAAUGUGAGUCUGCCGGGCCUCCGCUCCGCUGCUGACCGCCGCGUAAUCGCCCGUUGCGCCCCGGUGGCGCGGCCGGCCUGGUCGCCCCUCCGCCGCAGCAGCUGGGCCUGGGCGCACCGGCCCUUCGGGCGGCUGCUUCCCCUGGGGCUGCACGCCGUCGGCCUAUUCGCCCUCCGCCUUCAGCUCUCCCACGGGGAGCGCUAUGCCUGCUGCACUCUGGGAGACCGUAAUGAUCAUGCGGACUGUAUACUUUCAAGUGGCGUUGCUAUACAUCAUCUUCUGGCGAACGACGUAUCAGGGUGCAUACGGCAGCUGCGCCUGUGGUCACAGAUCUUGGUGAAAUGUAUCGUCAAGCAGAUACUGGUGCCAUUGUGUCAGUGUUGGCUAGAAUUGCUGUUGAAAACUCAGUCUGAUAAGCUGGACAGUGUUCGACAACAAUUACAGUUAAAGCUUGUGAGAAGUUUAAAGGAAUACUGGAACCUAUAUGUUGUACAACAUCAGAUAGGAGGGAGACUGAUAUAUCCAGAAUCAUUAAGAUACGUGCCAUUAUACAUCCUGGCCUUUCCUUGCUCUGCGUGGUGGUUAUGCUGAUGUCCCUCUUGAUGAACGUUGUGCUGCUGGUUUCAGUAUGAUGAUACUGCCUGAAAGAAGGCCGCUCAAUUAUAUUUAUCCAUCUCUGUAGAGGCUUGAUGAAGUAUUGACAAUGGAACCAAAUAGGAUUGAUGGGCCCUGAAGCGGUUCCCAUUAUAUCUUCUUGGCGAUGGCUUCACCUUUGUAGUAUGGUUAGAUUCAGUUGAGAGAAUGUGACAACAGUCAGUCAAGAAACUUCAUGACAGUACUAAGAGCCCUAAGGGAGAGGGAUUCUUCGUGUUACCAUCUACCCCUCGUGGUACGGCAAUGCUAGCAGCCCAGAUAAGGCUUCUUGCUUCUGCUUCUGUCCAACCUUGUCGAGGAUCAGAUGGCUGGAACAAGCGGUUACAUGGGCUGGAUACUCCAAGUUCACCGCCAAACACAAAGCUCGUGAUGAUGCACGGUGGAUGGACCGGAAAUUUUGUUUUUGCGUAAACUGCUGCAAAUUCAGUUGCUGCCAGUCCUGGAGCGCCCUCUUAACCAUUGGAACAAAAUGGCAAGCCAGCCGUGCUCUGCAUAUGCCUUCCUGUUAGCAGCAGCGAGUUCGCUCGCGGCGAGCAAUACAAACUUUAUGGUUAAUAUUUUGAUCUUGCGAUUAUUUUUGGUGCCGAGAAAAGGAUACAGCUGUUGUAUCAAACUAAUUAGCCAGCACCUUUGGUAAAUUGUACAAGCGUUUGGUGUCUUUAGUGUAGGGGUUUGUACGCAUUCGUAUCGUCGAUAAUUUUAGUUACAAAGAUUGUG